AUGCCAGCAAGACCCACAGAGACGAAAUUCAAGCCAAAACAAUUGGUCCAGAGUAAAAUGGCAGGCUAUGCUUGGUGGCCAUCAUUUAUAACACCAACUCAAUAUAUUCCAGAAGAUGUCUUGCGCGUCCAAAAGAAAUCAACACCAUACUGUGUUAUUUUCAUACCAGAUGGAGACUUUUAUUGGAUGAGCGAUAAGAGUAUAAAGAGUUUGAGCGAGCAGCAAGUAAAGAAGGAAUUGGAAGGAGUGGAUUCCGGGUUAAAGGAGAGAAUGAAAAGCUUGAAGCACUUGAGAGAACGAAGAUUUAUGAAGAGGAGAGCACAAACCUCGGCCGCAGAGGCUUUUGCUGCAGCUGAUGGUUUGGUUUUCGAUAGCUUUAUCGAGGUGUUUAGGGAUAGUGGAGAUGAAGAAGAUGAAGAUGAAGAAGAUGAUGGCGAUGAGGGUGAAGAAGAGCAACAGCAACAACAACAACAAGAAGAAGAUGAAGUGGAACAUGUUCAAGGAAAAGGCAAACAGCCAUCUACUUUCAAAAAGAACAAGAUGAAAAUCAAGAAACCGUUGUCAUUUGCUACCAAGGAAAUUGAAGACGAAGGUGAAUACGGAGAUGUUGAAGAUGGUUACGACUCAACAGCGGCGGCGGCGGCGGUGGUGGCUGCUACAGCAACAGCAUCACGACAAGCGAGAAGAGACGCAAGGUCGAACAACAUUACCAAGACUGAGAAAAAGAAACUGUCUGCUUCUUCAGCUCCAGAACCUUUGUCUCGAUCAACAACGACUAAUGGUAAGAAACGAGCUGGGGACGAUGAUGAGAUUGCUGCAACUUUAAGUGAUAAACCAGUCAAAAAGAUGAAAGCCGAAAGUAGCAGCGAAGAAGAGUCGACGAGUGCUACGAUGGCCACGAGUACAACGGCGAGUGCAGCAAAUGCAACAGGUGCAGGAGCCGAGAUUUCAUCAUCAUCGAUCAAGGGCAACAAACAACAACAACAACAACAAUCAGUGAGCGAAAACGAAAAAUAUCAACAGUUAUACUUGUGCAGAUGUAAGCUACAGAGGCUGCUUAUUCAAAGAACAUCCUCCAAUGGGUCAAAAGAGGGGGAUAAAAAUGGCGAUAAAAAGGCGGAUGAACCGACUCGAGAUGAGCUACUGGUUGCUAGAUUGAUAUUAUACCGAUUAUCUGAGUUCCCCAUGACCAAAGAAUUAUUGCGCAAGACCAAGAUCCACAAGGUUCUUAAAUGUAUUAUAAGGGACCCCAAAUUGGAGUACCCUGAAAGUUUCAAGUUACAUGAUAGAAGUAUUGAAUUAUUAGAUAAAUGGGCUGAUUUUAUUACUGAAAUCCAAAAUGAGAAACAUGCGGUGUCUGAGAAGACGGCAUCGAUACCCAAAAAUGGCAAUCAGAGUAGUGGUACACAUUUAGUAGCUAAGAAUGGAGUGUACAAUAAUCAAAAUGACGAAUCUGAGGUUAGUGGGAUUGAACAAAGCUUUCCAGAAAUAGACCAUAGGGUAGAGGAGGAUGAAGAAGAGGAGAAGCGAGGCGGUGACGAGCAAAGCACUAACUUGAAGAAUGAAAACAGCAGUGAAGGGGAGAAAGAGCUGAAAAAAGCCAACGGUGAUGCCAAUGAGGGAAGGAGUGAUGAAGUUGAUGAAGCUAGUGGUUUACCAGAAAAAGAAAAAGAAAAAGAGGAAAAUGAGGAAAAAGAGGAAAAAGAGGAAAAAGAAAAAGAGGAAAAAGAAAAAGAGGAAAAACAAAGUGGUUCACUAGAUAAUACGGCUGAACCUAUUGCUCCUAUUGCGGUGCAGGAAGAGAAAGAAACUGAAAGUGAUGUAAAAUUAGAAAAGGAGAAGGGCAAGGACGAUUUUCCCCAAUAG